AUGCCGCCCAAGCGUGUGAAGCAGCAGGAGGAGAAUGUCUCCCUGGGGCCCGCCACCCGGGAGGGCGAGCUGGUGUGGGGCGUCGCCCACAUCUUCGCCUCCUUCAACGACACCUUCGUCCACGUGACGGAUCUGUCCGGCAAGGAGACCCUGGUCCGCGUGACCGGUGGCAUGAAGGUGAAGGCCGACCGCGACGAGUCCUCGCCCUACGCGGCCAUGCUUGCCGCACAGGACGUGGCGGUGCGCUGCAAGGAGCUGGGCGUGUCGGCCCUGCACAUCAAGCUGCGCGCCACCGGCGGCAACCGCACCAAGACCCCUGGGCCCGGCGCCCAGAGCGCGCUGCGCGCGCUGGCCCGCGCUGGCCUCAAGAUCGGGCGCAUCGAGGACGUGACCCCCAUCCCCACCGACUCCACGCGCCGGAAGGGUGGCCGCCGCGGUCGCCGCCUGUGA